GGGACGAAAUGGCGGCCCCGCCUCAGCCUGGGCGGGACCGGCAGGGGCGGAAGGCGGUGGCAGCCGCUGGGACCGCUCGUCCCGUCCCUCCUCCUCCCAUCAGCAUCGCUGCGGGGAUGCUCGGCAGCACGGCCGGCGGCGACCCCCGCUCGGGUCCCCCCAAGCGCUUCCCAGUGGCGGCGGUGGAUGAGAUCCUGAGGGAUGUGCUGGGCAGCUGCCUGAGGGAGCAGCAGUACGAGCCGGCCCGGUGCAGGGACAUGGCGAAGGACAUCGCUGAGGUUAUUAAGGUUCGGGUAAAAGACCUUAUGAUACCGAGGUACAAGAUUGUUGUGGUGACACAUAUUGGGCAGCUGAAUGAGCAGAGCAUGCAAAUUGGAAGCAGGUGCCUGUGGGAUCCUGCGAGUGAUACAUUUGCAUCCUAUGUGUUCAAGAACACUUCGCUGUUUGCUCUUGCAGUAGUCUAUGCUGUCUAUUUUGAAUAAGGAGGUAGUGGAGUUUAACAGCAGGAGAAAUGAACAUUCAGGCUCACUUUUCCUGUUUCUGUUGUUGAAAACGGUUGUGAAGGACCAAGGCAGCUUUCACCUGUUUUGAAAUGUGGCUACCUUAAGCCUUUUGGUGGUGAAUGUGAUAACUAUUUCCCAGAGCUUUCUCUGAGGAGUGAUUCUCUGUGAAAUGCUGGUUUGCACCUGAUUCUACCUGCUUUCAGAACCAGCUAUCCCUGUAGUAUUUUUCUCCCUGAAUUUGCCCUCACUGUGUGAUCCACAAGUAGAAAUCACAUUUUUGGAAAGCAAACCAAAAUAGAUUUAAAACUGUCCCCAUUAAAUGGUGUUUGCAGUCAGUCAAGCACGUCCCAGGCCCUGUGGUCCUGACUGUGCACGUGCUGUGCUGCAGAUCCUGCGUCCUGUCAAGCUGCGGUAGCUGGGUGCUGUGAGUUAUCCUGCCCUGCCUGGGGGGGGCUGGGGGAUCCUCCAAACCUUCCUGCAAGCCCCGGAGAUUCGGGAGGGCAGCAGAGAGUGCGGGAUACAGGAACUUUGCUUGCUGGGGGUUGGUCUGGCUGGCCCUGAGCCCCAAGAAAAGCCCCGAGUGCUGAGAAGUUGGCCCGGAGACAGUAGUUCUGCUUGGAGAAGACUGGCUCUGUCCCAUAGUGUUUGAAAUAAAGUGAAAAACGUCUUCAAAUUAUAUCGUGUUCAGGUGCAUGAGGAAGAGUGUAGCCAACAUGUCGAGGGGAGUGACCGUGCACCUCUACUCUGCCCUGGUGAGGCCCCAUCUAGAGUACUGGGUCCAGUUCUGGGCUCCCCAAUUCAAGAAGGACAAGGAAUUACUGGAGACAGUCCAGUGGGGUUACAGAGAUUCUGAGGGGACUGAAGCAUCAGAAAAGGCUGAGAGAGCUGGGUUUGUUCAGCCUGGAGAAGAGAAGCUGAAAGGGGAUAUUAUUGAUGCUGAUAAAUAUCUCCAGGGUGGGUGUCAAGAGGAUGGACUAGACUCUGUUCAGUGGUGCCCAAUGACAGGGCAAGGGGCAAUGGGCACAAACUGAAACAUGGCAAGUUGCACCUGAAUAUGAGGAGAAACUUUGCUGUGAGGUGCCAGAGCCUGGAACAGGCUGUCCAGAGUGGGUGUGGAGACAUUCAAACCCAUCUGGAUGUGAUCCUGUGCGGCCUGCUCUGAUGACCCUGCAACCCCAACCACUCUGUGAUCCGAAUAUAUAGAUCUAUCUGGGCCCCUGUACUGAAGGUGCUUGAAUCUAGCAAAAACCCCUUUAGUUGGGCUUCUCAGCUGAUACCUGCCUAUAGAUAAGAGGAGAAACAUAGCCCUCUGAGCUCCCAAGUGUAUGCCCAGUCUCCCUGGGUGCAAAUUAACUCUGUGCUAGGCAGGACCUUGGGCAGAUGUUACUGGAAGCAGCUGGAAUAGGGAAUAAAGCCACGUUUCUGCCUGCCCAGCGUGGGGGCUGGUGCUGACUGCUCGGGCUCCCCAGCUGUUCCGAGGUCUGAGUGACAGGCCUCCCACGGGACACGCUGCCCCGAGUUUUCUGCACCACCUUGGCUUUAUUCUGAGCUGAAAACAGACUUUUUGCUGCCCACAUUUCACAGCUGAAACCUGCCGUUGGGUUUUCUUAAGUAAGACAAGCAUCUAAUAAAUUGCUUCGUUUAUUACACUUUAUGUGCAAAGCUGAAACUAGGAGAGUAGUUAGAUGGGAAAAAAUAUUUGUAUUCUUGUCUAAGAGUAUAAUUCUAGAUGCUGUAAACACUUUGUGGAAUCCAGAGAAACCAACCUGAACUGUCACUGCAGCUGUUUGUACUACAAUAUUUAACAAUCAGCCUUUACUCCUUAGUGUGCUCCAAAGAAUAAAACUACAGUGAAAGUG